CAUAAAAUAUUGCUGAGAUUUGCCAUUGCUUCCUGGUUGAGCAGCCGUUCCAUUUUGCUUCCUGGACAUGCUGAAUAAUGUUGAAUUUCUUCGUGUAGCGUCGAAAAGAGGGAACGAGGUUCCGUUGUGCAGGAAUCCAGUGCUUUUUACUACAAAAUGCCGGAGCAGUCGAGGGGUUGUGGAUUGAUGAACUAGGCCUAGUGGAACAGCAACAGAUCUGUGUGUAACAUCUUCCCCCUGGCCCCGGGGCCGCGGCGACGUCGUACGGGAACGGAUUUUCACGAGAGCCUGUCCGGUCGACGUCCGGAGCGCAGCGUACACUCUCCUUGUAUUCUGCUGGCCACUGGAAAGCAACUGCGUGCACAUUGAAUUCAUUUGCUAGUCUCCAUCAAGUUGGAGUAGGCCCCUUUUAAUUGCCAUUGAUCUGGAUAAUAUUCUGGGUCAUACUCUCCGUGGCCUUGCAAAUUGUGACAUCAGUACUGCCUUUAAAUAGACCUUGGCUCCGUAUACUGAAAUUGGACAUUGUAGAUACUGAACGCGGUGGACCUGUGAUAUUCCCAGUGGCAGAUGAUUUUGUGUACUGUACAUAUUCUUUGCUGACCACCGCCUUUCAGAAUGGGGGAAAUAGUUAAAUACCGUGCGCUGCACGACUAUGAACCCAUGUCCGAUCAGGACAUUAUCAUGAAGACUGGAGACAUUUUGGUGGUUGAUAAUCCUCAGAGUUUGCCGUACUUCAAAGGCACGGUGGAGAAACCCGAGAGUUGGUUGGAAGGAAAGAAUGAAAGGACACAAGAGAAAGGCAGUUUCCCUGGAACUUAUGUGAGUCUUCAUGAAAGGAAACCCAUUACUAUGUCUAAGAACUAUGAAGUGGUGGCUGGUCUGAAACCCAAGCCUCCCGCGCACCAUGAGCCUGAUAGAACUGGAGGUGAAACUAACGAGGGUUUAAUUAAUCAAGGUAUCGUCACUCCGGAGUUUUGUCAACACUGUCAAGAUUACAUAUGGGGCAGUGGAGCUAUAGCUGUCAGAUACCCCGAUUGUCGUAACCUUUUUCACAAGAUGUGCGCACCCUUCGUUGAGAAGUAUGAGAAAGAAUUCUUGCAACCAGGAGAGGAUCCUUACAGGGAAGAGUUUGUGGACUACUGGGGAGUUGAAGAUGUAUUAAAUUGGAUGGCAGUGACGAACAUGUAUCGGUAUGGGGAGCUUUUUAGAGCAAAAAACAUUGAUGGUGCUAAGUUAAUCUCACUCAGCGAAGAAUUCUUACAGUCAAUCAGUGUCCUUGAUAAGUUUCAUCAGCAGUGCAUCCUGAUAGCCCGUGAUGAACUGUGCUGGGGAAAGUCCAGGACAAGAAGCGGUGGAAUGACGCCAUCCAGGAAUCAAGGAGAUGGUCUCGCUAUUUUACCAGAUUGUACCUAUCCAAAUAGUGAGCAUAGAUUAAAAGAAAGGACAUUCUCUACCAUGCAGUGGUGCGAUAAAUGUGGAAAGUUCAUGUUUGGUCUCGUUCAGCAAGGUCUGGAAUGUUCAAAUUGUGGAUGUAUCUUCCAUCGUACAUGUGCAGCUACUGGUCUUCCUAGAUGUGACCCGUCAGGGGUCAGGACGAGAAGAGAUAGUGCUAUACGUGCCAAUGUGUUCAGCCAAAGCCUUGCAGACCAGUUUGAUCCGUCUCAUUCUCACGCUCCUCUUGUAGUCGUCAAGUGUGUGGAGGCCAUAGAAAGUAAAGGUGUCGGAGAGCGUGGUUUGUAUCGAGUGUCUUCUUCAACGUCAGCUGUGAACGACAUCAAACGUAGCUUCAAUGAGAAUCCCGAUGCCGUUGAUCUGUCGCGUUAUACCGACGUCCAUUGUAUCACUGGGGUACUCAAGAGGUAUCUGCGAGAACUGCCCAAUCCAGUCAUUCCAAUAGAAAUGUAUGACAGCCUCCUAUCAGCUCAUAGAACUGUCGACAAGCACGCCCGCAUUGCCAAUUUGCUGGCUUGUGUAGAGAAGCUCCCCCUAGCACACCAUUCAACUCUGUACUACCUGAUGGCGCACUUCAAGCGGAUCACAACCCAGAUUCAAGCCUGGCAUCUGGCAGCAGUCUUCUGUCACAUCCUGCUUAGACCACCUCAAAAUGAACUCAUAAAUGUCAUCCGGAACACGAAUGAUCACAAGGAGAUUGUUAACACGCUGAUCGAACACGGACGAUGGGGAAACUCAUCGGACGAAGACGCACCAGAGCCUCCGCCAAGGAAAGGAGGUGGUGAUUAUAUCAGCACUAGUAGCAAUGACUAUCCCAAGUCCCUCACCGAUGCUGAAUGGUACUGGGGGAAUAUAUCAAGGGAGGAGGUGAAUGAGAAACUGAAGGAUAUGCCCGAUGGUACGUUUCUAGUACGAGACAGCAAGCAAGAGCCUGGCAACUAUACACUCACUCUCAGGCACGGUGGGAGCAACAAACUAAUCAAGAUCGUCCACAAGAACCGGAUGUAUGGUUUCUCUGAGCCGCUAAGGUUUCACUCGGUGGUGGAGCUGAUCAACCAUUAUCACCAUGUGUCUUUAGCACAAUAUAACAACAGACUGGAUGUGAGACUAACUACUCCAGUCUCGAGGAGAGAACAGGAGGAUAUGCAAGACAAUGACAUCGGUAUUGUCAUACAACAACUCAAAGAUAAGAACAAAGAAUAUCAAGACAAGACCAAGCAGUAUGAUGAACUUUAUGAACAGUACAACAAAUUGGCACAGGAGAUCAAGACAAAACGUCAAGCCCUGGAUGCAUUCAAUGAGAUUGUGACAAUGUUAGAAGAACAACUUCAGGUUCAUAAGAGCUAUCAUCAAGACUGCCAUCCUGCUGAAAAACAAAUGCUGCUACAGAACUAUGAAAGACUGGAACACCGUCAGCAGGAAGUGAAAGACAGCAGAGAAAACUUGGAAGAGCAGCUGAAGAGAGAGGUCGAGGAGAGCAGGGAGUGUGACAGGACCAUGAACAGCCUCAAACCAAAUAUCUUGGAUCUACGCAAUCUAAGAGAUCAGUAUGUAGUUUGGCUUGCAAGGAAAGGUGUAAGACAAGACAAGAUAAAUAGCUGGUUGGAAAGUCAAGAUGGAACGGUUAUAACUGGAGAGAAAGAGGUGCAAUAUCAUAACAAUGAAUCUCUGUGGCUUCUACCGGAUACAACCAGAGCAAAGGCUGAACAGUUACUCUAUGGCAAGGCUAAAGGUACAUUCCUAAUACGUAGGACCCGGGAACAAAUCGAUUGGGCCUGUUCCAUUGUGGCAAAGGACCAAGGUGAAGUGUGCCACUGUAAGAUCAACUAUACAUCAACGGGCUAUGGAUUCGCAGAGCCCUACAACCUGUACGCAUCUCUUCUGGAACUGGUCCUGGCCUAUCAACAGAUCAACUUGGCCCAGCAUAACGAGGAGCUGGACACUAUGUUAGAGUACCCCGUCUAUGGCCCUCAGCCACGAUAGACCAGGGUACUAGGGCCCGUAUUCUGAAUUCAGCUUUAAUUUCAACGUCUGGUUCAACUAUGGAAAGCCAAAUGUGACACAAACAUUUAUCAGGGGCCUGUAACACAAAGCUUAGCAAUCAUUGUAUAAUAUUGUUUUACAAUUGAUUCCAUUGACUACAAUGGACAAUUAAUUGUUGAAAUCAAGCAUAUGAUUAAUCGCUAUCCUUUGUGUUGCGGGUCCCGGGAGCGAUUCUGUCUAUCAGCAAAUUUGGCACUCAAAUUGUUCAUAAUCGUCUGGGAAUGAGGAAUUAAAUGUUGUUUUUCACCAUUUAAUCAUGGGCUAAGAACACAGUAAACAAAUGGAAUACAUGAUGUUAAGAGUUGUGACAUUUCCCGUUUCCCAUAUUGUCAGACUUGAACCAUGUUAGCCCAAGUUGAAGUGGACUUCAGGAUAAGGGCCUGUGUCCCUGGGCUAGUAUUUAACUCUGCAUGGCAAUUAAGCCUGUAUUUUUCCUCUAGAAUUCAAAUUCAAAAUGGACCCGAGUGAUUAUUGAACUCUGUCUGGCAAUUAAGCCUGUAUUUUUCCUCUAGAAUUAAAACUCAAAUCCAUAUUGGACUAAAGUAAUUAACUUUGUAAGCAAAUGUCAAAGUAUGUUUCUUACUGAGGUUCAUUUCAGUAUUAAAUUGCCAUUUGGUCUACACCCACUCUGUCUACUAUUCAUUCGGUCUAACCCCACAUGGUCUACCUACCAGUUUGUCAUCUUACCGUGUUGUUUAAAUGCAAUGUUGUCCAUUUAGCGUUUUAUCUAUUUUCCAAUUGCUAAUUUUUUGAUGGCAUCAUGGUCUAGUACAUGUAUGUGGAGGCGUUGUGGUCUAGUGGUUUAAUAUGAAUUGCGUCUUUCAAUCCGAGGGACAUGGGUUCGAUUCCCAGCCAUGGCGUGUUUUCCUUCAGCAAGAAAUUUACCCACAUUUGUGAUACACUUGACCCAGGUGAGGCGAAUGGGUACCCGGGAGGAAGAAAUUCCUUGAAUGCCAGAGCGCCUGUAGGCAGCACAGCUAUAGACGGGGUAAUAAUAAUAAUAAUGUGCAGUUGAGUAUCUAUCUAUAUAUAU